GAGAGAGAGAGGCGAGGCAGGAAGAAGGGAAGAGAGGAAAGCUGCCCGGCCGGCGCUUGCUCUCCUCGCCUGGGGAGGAAAGAAAGGAAGGAAAAGGGAAGGAGGAAGGAAAGAGGAAGGGUCUCUUCCUCUUGGGGAGACCCAAGCCAAAGAGAUGCGGGUUCCCCCCGCUUUUCCCCGUGCGUAAAAGAAGCCUCUUUGCUUGCUUUCCCUGCGCGUAAAAGGCGAGGCUUUGUGUGUGUGUUGCUGUGCUUCUCUUUUUUGGAGAGGUCUCUGGGGGUACCUCCUUUCUCCCUUCGCCCCUCCAAAACAGAUUAGUCCACAUCUUCGAGACUGGGACCGUUUUGUUCAGCAUCGCUUGCUCUUUGCAACGAGACCAAUUUCGCCCGGAUCCGGAUUAGCGUCGCUUUCCUACCAGGAGGAGAAAGAAGAGGAGUCGGUUCGGGGAUUGAGUGUGUGCGAUUUUUUUUUUUUGGAGAGGUCUCUGGGGGUACCUCCUUUGCCCCUCCGCUGCUCCAAAACGGAUUGGGCCACAUUUUCGAGAGUUACACCGUUUUGUUCAGCAUCGUUUGCUCUUUCGAACGAGACCAAUUAAGUCCGGAUCCGGACUUGCGCCGCUUUCCUACGAGGAGGAGAAAGAAGAGUGGAUUCGGGAUUUGCGCCCUGGAUGCGGAGCGCAUCCUCGCCAAAAAGAAAAGCACCAGCUUCUCUCUUUCUCUGCUGGGUUGUUUUUUGUCAAUGGGGAGGAAAAAGAGGGCGGAAAUCUGGGGCAUUUCCGGUCCACCUCCCCUCUUUUAGGGGUCCAAAGCCCCCACCGGAAGUGGCCCCCCAUUUAGGCCCCCUCCCCACAUUUUCGCCAUGGCUUUGCAGCAGCGCCUUCUCCUCUCCAGAGCCAUCUCCAUCGCCUUCCUUUGCUGCUGCCUCGGGGCCUCCACCAGCCACGCUCAGGCCAAGGUCAGCCCUACUGGUCCGGAGCCCACUGAGGACUCUCCGCCAGAGGCCGUGGCCAUCCUCCCGGUCACCUUCCGCCUCUCCAACGCCCGCUUGGCCUUCUUCCUCCGCCCGACCACGCCUCCGCCUCCACCUGGCAACACCAGCCACUCGGAGCCGUUUGUGGUCUUCCAGACCAAGGAGCUGCCGGUCCUGAACGCCUCCUUGGGCCCCUUUGUGGUGGGCCAGGCUGUGCCGAGGGAGCUCCUCCAGCCCUCCAGCACCUUGGAGGUGCCCGACCGUGUCACCGUUAACUGGAAGGUGCGGGCCUUCAUUGUCCGGACACGGGUGCCCGCCGACGAGCCCGCCGCGCAAGUGUUCUUCUAUGUCGCCGGGCGUGACUGGGACGACAUCGAAGCACCCCGUGAGCAGCUGCCUUGCGUCCGCCUCCAUGCCUUCCGCGAGGCACUCGAGCUACGGGCCGCGUGUCGACUCCGCGGAGCGCUGGCCGCCUGCCUGGCCCAAGCUGAGCUGCCCCAAGCCUGGUUCGGGGCCCCGUCCGGUGCCAAGCCCGACUUCCAGGCAGUGGAGCUCUACUACACACUGCACGCGGGCGGGGACUGCGAGGGCGAGGCGGCGGGGAGGUGGCGGGGCCCCUCCGGAGCGCGGGCCGAGGGCCCCACGCAGCACCCGUUGCUCCGGAUCGGGAGCCUGCGCCUAGUCCAACCCCCGCCCUCCCCUCCCUUCCAAGAGCAGCGCCUGGACGACCACCUCUUCCUCCGCCUCCCCGAUGGGCCCCUGCGGCCGGGAGAGGUCCUCCGCGUGGCCCUCCUCCGGGCCGGGAACUCCUCCGUGGAGCAGUUCACCCUCAGAGUGAAGGCCAAGAAGGGGGUCAACCUGCUGGCGACUCGAACCCGGCACCCCAACUGGCUGCUGAACGCGGAGAUCCAGGCGGGCAGCAAGCACGCAACCUCUAGCGUGGACGUCUCCUGGAUCGGGGCCCAUAGCAGGGAGGAAGAGGGGCCCUACGAGGUCAUGCAGCUGGACUUUGAGAUGGAGAACUUCACCAGCCAGUCGGUGACGCGGAGGAUCAUGUGGCACGUGGACUACCGGGGACGCAGCCCCCCGCCAAACCUGGAGAAGGCCAUGACCGAGCUGACCGUCCUCCAGAAGGACAUCCGGGCCAUCCUGCCCCUGGCUAUGGACACCGAGAUUAUCAACACGGCCAUCUUGACCGGCCGGACGGUGGCCAUCCCAGUGAAGGUCAUUGCCAUCGAGGUCACCGGGGUCAUUUUGGACAUUUCCGGGUCGGUCAGGUGCAAAUCCGGCAACGAAGACAUCAUCAAGGUCUCCAACGGCUGCGACUACGUCUUUGUGAGCGGGAAGGAGACGGGGGGCUCCAUGAACGCGGGGGUCUCCUUCGGCUACGAGCACCUCAGUGCCGUCCUGGAGGUGACCGUCUGGGUGCCCCGCAUCCCGCUCCGCAUCGAGCUCUCUGACCCCCAUCUCAGCCAAGUCAAAGGCUGGAGGAUCCCCAUCAUGGCCGACCGCAGGUCGGUCCGAGAGAGCGAGGAUGACGAAGAGGAGGAGGAGGAGCGGCGCCAGAGCCGGGGUUGUGCCCUCCAGUUCCAGCGCACCUCCUUGCGCGUCUUCACCCAGUUCCACACCACGUCCUCUGAAGGCAGCGACCAGGUGGUCACCAUGCUGGGCCCUGAGUGGCUGGUGGAGGUCACUGACCUGGUGGGGGACUUCAUGCGGGUGGACGACCCCCAGGUGGCCCGCCUGGUGGACGCCCGGACCCUGGCCGGACGGGAGCCCGGCACCACUCUCUUCAAGGUGGUCUCCCCGCUGACGGAUGCAGUGCUGGGGGAGGCGGCGGUGACGGUGGCGGAGGAGAAGGUCUCCCUGACGGCGCUGAAGGCCCAGCUGGUCUCCAACCUCUCCCUCUCCCUGCAGCCCAGUCCGGGCAGCAGCCACACCAUUGUGGCUAAAGCCAGCGCCCAGCAGGCCCUCAGCCUCCCAAAGCAGGAGGCCUUGCUGAGUCUUUGGGUGUCCUACAGCGAUGGCACCACGGCACCACUCUCCUUGUAUGACUCACGGGACUACACGCUGGCACUGAGCAGCCAGGACCCCUCGGUGGUCUCGGUGGUAACUGGUGGGGCCUUCCCGCUACUCCGGGCUGAGGGCGAGGGCUCUGGGGCGUUGGUGAAGGCUGAGCUGACCAUCUGUGAGGCCUGCCAGAAGACCAAGCGCAAGAGCACCUUGGCCACCACCAUGGUGGGCGUUCAGGUCCACUUCCCCUCUGAGGAGGAGCCCACUUAUGACUAUGAGCCAGUACAGACCCCGAAGGAGAGAGGGACUCCCGGUGGAAGUGACAGCCACACUACGACCCGCUUGGACGUUUCCUGGCGCUUGGUGCCACCCAGUCCGGAGACCCGCUUGCCCAGUGCGGUGCUCCCAACGAAGGACUUCCCCACCCUGCCCACUGGCUAUGUCCAAGUCCCCCGUGGCCUGACAGACCUGGAGAUUGGCAUGUACGCCCUCCUCGGGGUCUUCUGCCUUGCCAUCUUGGUCUUCCUUAUCAACUGCAUUGUCUUUGUGCUCAAGUAUCGGCACAAGCGCAUCCCACCAGAAGGCCAGACCAACAUGGACCACUCGCACCACUGGGUCUUCCUGGGCAACGGGCAGCCUCUACGGGCCCAGGCUGAGCUGGCCACCCCGCCGGCUGACCCACUGGAGGGCGUCCCAAGCUGCUGCCAUGGUGAUCACCACAGCAGCGGAGGCUCCUCGCAGACCAGCGUCCAGAGCCAGGUCCAUGGCCGUGGGGAUGGCUCCUCGGGGGGCUCAACCCGAGACCAGAGCGAGGACCCCCUCCACUCGCCUACCUCCAAGCGCAAGCGGGUCAAGUUCACCACCUUCGCCACCAUGCCCUCCGAGGAGAUGGGUUAUGACUCGGUCCCCGUGGCCGACGAGGAGGAUCUGGAAUGGGUCUGCCAGGACGUGGGCCUCCAGGACCCCGAGGAGCUCCACAACUACAUCCACAGGAUCAAGGAGAUGGCAUAAAAAAUGGGAAGGAGCCCAACUUGCUGGGCCGUUCCUUCUGGGGUCAAUACGACUACGUUGUGCUGCCCUUUGGUCUUCUCAGCGUGGCUGCAAUGCCCUUCGGCCUUAUUCUGGGCCUGGUUGGAGACCCCAACUUUUUUUUUUUUUGCCAGGAAAGGGGUUUCCCGUGUAAUCCAGGUUUGAUGUGGAUAUGUCGAAAUGUCCUUGGGCCUCCUUUCGGUCCCAGUUGGAGACCCUGAAUUUUUUGCAGGGAAAGGGGAUCCUUCCAGUCUAGGUUUGAUUUGGAGAUGUUGUGAUGCUCUUCGGCCUUCUGAACGUGGUUGUGAUGCCCUUCAGCCAACUUCUGGCUGGGAGACCCCAAUUUUUUGUCGGGAAAGGGGAGGUCUCUUCAAUCCAGUUUGGAUACGGAUACAUUGUAAUGCCCUUCAGCCUUCUUCUUGAGAUCUUGGCAUAUGCGGCGAAAGGGGUCCAACUCCAAUCUAGAUCUGAUCUGGAUACUGAGCCGGGUAUGAUGCCCAACUCUUGGGCCCAUUUGGGGACUUUGACAUUUGCAAAGAAAGGGUAGAAUGGGACACUCCGUUGGGAGUAACAAUCACACUAGAUCUGAUCAUGGCGAGGUCCAAAUUGGGCCCCGUGAAAAGCGUAUCGGGGGCAACGCCAUCGAUGAGCAAGAGAUCCAUACCGAGUUGGAAUACAUUUCAGCGUCGGAGAGGGAACGUUGUUACUUUUUGCCUUCCCAGAAUCCACCGCUUGCCUUUUUUGCCGCCCGUCUCCCAAAAGGCAAAACUUGGGUUUCCACAUUGGGUCUUUUUUUUAAUUUUAUUUACAAAAUACAAAAAAAUCUUUCUUUCUUGCACAAUAAAUAAAUGUGGGAUAAACGGAUAUACCGUUCAGGGAUGCAACCCGAUCCCGGAUUGGCAUGCAUGGAAGAAGCCGCCGGGAGAGGACUCAAUGGAGGACUUACACAGGAUCACGGAUUCCAAUCAGGCACUAUUAGUUCAUGGGAAGCAGCAAUGGAGGGACGUUAUGGCCCUUUGCUUUGCUCUCCGUUCCCAAUUCUAGUGCCUAUGCUGCCUUACUGAAUGUCCCGGUCCCGAUUCUUCUUGAUUGGGGUUGUUGACAUGCAACUUGGCUUCCUCGAACAGCAAAAGUUGGGUGAGGGGAGAUACUAGAGGCCUAUUUUGGUGGGACAGUGGUCUCGUUGGGGUCUCUAUUGAGGUCUCGGACCGGUGUUUUCACUCAAGGCUCCGGAAAGUUGGCUUUGCGCUCGGCCGUCCGUUUCUGCACUGUGAAGCCAUCCCCUCCUUUUUCACUGGCCGACCUGCUGUGACAUCAUGGGAUGCGGGAGUGUAGCUCCGCCCCCUCAUGGAUUUGGGCAGAUGGGAGGAGGGAGUAAGAGUGUUCAAAGGGAUUGGAUUUCACCUUUUUUAUAUUAAAAGAAAAUUACUCAACUCAA